AUAUCGAAAACAUUUGUUAUAAAUUGACUAUUGUGGGUUUAAGCAACUUUUAUAAAAAAGAUUUUUGUAAAAAUUAAACAUUAAAAAGAAGGAAAAAUUAUUAUGGCUGACGAAACGAAAAUCUCGCCAUGUCAGAGUGUUAAAUCAUCUUGUAAAUUUCAUUGGAGAGGCAAGCUAUCUGUUAUUGUGCCCUUGGUAACUUUGCCAAUCCUUGUUCAUGGAUAUGUUCACACUGCUUCAGAGUAUAAGUGCUUGUACCUGCUAGUGAAUAUGGCAAUCUUUUGGAUAACUGAAUGUAUACCACUUUAUUUAACGUCGAUGCUUCCGAUAGUAUUUCUGCCUCUAUUUGGUAUAUUGGACUCAAAUACUGUAUGCCGUUUGUACUUUUCAGAAAAUUUAGUAAUGUUCUUAAGUGGGAUCUUUAUAGCACUAGCCAUUGAAUAUAGCAAUCUCCACCAUCGCAUUGCGCUGGGCACUAUUCUCUUAGUGGGUUGCGGCCCUCGACGCUUAUUUUUCGGUCUGCUCAUGGUCACCUGUUUUAUAUCGAUGUGGAUAUCGAAUUCAGCUUCUACGGCCAUGAUGUGUCCCAUUGUCAAGGCUAUUCUCAGUGAAAUGGCAGCUCAAAAUAUAUUUGAUGUGUUUAUGACACAAGAGGAGGAGUACGUAGAAGAGGGCGAUCCGCCGCAUCCCUCAAUGAUAGCGAUUGGAUUCUAUAUCGGUGUCGCGUAUGCUUCCACAAUUGGAGGCAUUGGUACGUUGAUUGGUACCGGCACAAAUCUGACCUUUAAGGGCUUAUAUGACACACGCUUUCCCCAUAUCAAGGAAAAGGUCGACUUUUCCAGUUUCAUGAUGUAUUCUUUGCCGUUCGCCUCAAUUUUAAAUGUGAUAAUUCUGUAUUUUACUAUGCAAAUAACACAUAUGGGCUUGUGGCGGCCGAACAGUAUGGUGGGUCAGCAAAUUAAGCGUGGUUCCAUGAAUAAGGCUGUAUUGAAGGAGUUGCUCCAGGAACGAUACCGCGAAUUAGGUCGCUGGACUUGCCAUGAAAUACAAGUGGGCGUUGUUUUUAUAUGCAUGAUUCUGUUACUGUUCUUCCAAAGCCCGGGCUUCAUGAAAGGCUGGUCUGAUCUGCUCAAUGCUAAGCAUAUCGGUGGUGCCACUCCAAUAUGUCUAUCAGUUCUUCUGUUGUUUGCCCUACCCACACAGUACGCGUUCUUCAGGUACUGCUGCCAAACUCCUCCUUUCACUGGGCGCGCCAUGGAUGCUUGUCUCUCCUGGGCGUAUCUUCAGAGAAAUACCCCUUGGGGCCUCUGUUUUUUGCUUGGUGGUGGCUUUGCACUUGCUGAGGGCAGUAAGGUUAGUGGAAUGGCCAAAAUGCUGGGCGACUCAUUGUCCUUCAUUACCGGCAUGCCAUUAAUGGCCUGUGUGGCUUUUACUAUUGUAGUUAGCCUUAUCUGCACGUGCGUCACUGCGAAUGUGGCCAUUUGCAACAUACUGAUACCUGUAUUCAGUGAGAUGGCCGUUACAAUUAAAGUACAUCCCUUGAUGCUGACUCUUCCGGCUGCUCUGGCUAUCAGCACAUCCUUUCAUUUGCCGGUCAGCACGCCCCCAAAUGCCAUUGUGUGUGGAUACGCCAAUAUCAAAACAAAAUAUUUGGCGGUUGCUGGCAUUAUACCAACCAUCAGUUCAUUCAUUUUAAUAUUUGUUAAUGCUAUAUCGUGGGGCCAAGUGGUCUAUCCCACAAUUAAUCAGUUUCCGUCUAGUCAAUAUUUAGAAAAGUAAUAUAAAAGAAAUUCCAAAUUGACGAAAUUUUCAUCACUCAGUUGCACU